AUGUUUGUCAAAUUUGCAAUAGCGCUUUUGAUUUUUUCGGCGUUUGAGCAAGCAGUGGGAACGGAUAAUAUUGACACUCAUGACAGUCAUCCAGAAAAACCGCCAAGCCAGAAAGGACGCCUUUCCCUGCAGAAUACAGCUGAGAUUCAACACUGCUUGGUGAAUGCGGGAGAUGUUGGCUGUGGGGUGUUUGAGUGUUUUGAGAACAACUCCUGUGAGAUUCGUGGCCUGCAGGAGAUCUGCAUGACCUUUCUUCAUAACGCUGGAAAGUUUGACUCACAGGGAAAGUCCUUUAUCAAAGAUGCGCUGAAAUGUAUGGCCCAUGGCUUGAGGCACAAGUUCAGCUGCAUUAGUAGAAAGUGUCUGGCCAUAAAGGAUAUGGUAUUCCAGCUACAGCGAGAAUGCUACAUGAAACACAACCUCUGCUCAGCAGCCAAGGAGAACGUCAAUGUCAUAGUAGAGAUGAUACAUUUCCAAGACCUGUUUCCCAAGGGGCCAUAUGUGGAGUUGGUUAACAUCCUGCUGAGUUGUGGUGAGGAGGUGAAGGAGGCCAUCACCAGGAGUGUGCGGAUGCAGUGUGAACAGAACUGGGGUGCUUUGUGUGACAGUCUCAGUUUGUGUGAUACUCUUACCCCCGCUCCUGGCCACGCCCAUGGCCCUGCCUACGGUCCAGAUCGCCGCCCCCCUGCCCUCUCACACAGUGAACUUGAGCAUCCAAAAGGCUCUCGACAAGGGGAAAAAGACAAGCCUGGCAGGGGGGGCUUCCACCCUAGAAAUCGCAGCCAGAGCCCCAGGCGUGGGAGUCUUGACUCUGGGGUGGCUGACCAGGAGGACCUUGAGACCACUGACAUCCGGAGGUGA